GGGAUAGAGGCUUACAAUGGCCCAGUUUGAGGAGGUUUUGGACCAAGUGAGACUGGCUUUGACUUUGGCUUCUCCUGAUAAGAUAAAAGCCUUAAUGGAGGAUUUGGUGAGGGAGCGGAUCAUCUCAGAGGCCUACGGCAAGACCUUGAAUCUGCACUGUCUUACUUCAUCCCGUGGACCACUGUGCGAUCAAAGCAGCUCUCAAAGAUCCAAGACUAACAGGCCUUUCGACCAAAGCCAGCUCAACCAGGAGUGGAAAUGUGGGACAUUUACAUGUACAGACUUGGACUUCAACCUGCAAAGUUGGGAGUCAUCAAUGGACGAGCCCAACUACCCAAUGGGGGGGCUUCAAUUUCAUCCAAUGUUUGAUGAAUUCUACCUUGAUCAUUAUGAAUGCAGCUUGGAUGCUGAAUCAACAGAACUGCUGAAAUGUACACAAUCAUUGCAGGAAAUAGAAAGUGAUAAUGUAGGACUGAUUGAGGGGAUUUCAGAAGAUGAGAAGGAGUGGUUAGAGCAGGCAGCCAGGAGAAUAGCUGUCCCUUUGUGGCAGCACUGGCAUCAAGGACGGAGGAUGUUGCAGGCUUUGGUUCCUCAUACCACUACUGGCUGUGUAACUAGUGAAAAUAAAGAGACAGGCACUAAAUCUCAAAGUAGUUUAUUGAAUAUGGAAGAGGAAAAGGAGAUUGGCGUUGCAUGCAGCACACUGGACUGGUAUGAAGACAACUUUUUAAGCACAGACGCAGAGAUUGCUAGCUUUACUGAAGGCUUCUGCUUUACUACUUAUGAGGACAUGAUAGGUGGAUCCAUCACGGAUCACUUUGAUACCUCUUGGGCGCUGGGUCAUGCCUCAGGUAUGAACACAUCUGCAGACACAGAACAUUACAGCAGAGACGGGCUGGAGGAUGCUUUUAAUGUCGACUUGGUUGCUGAAAUGACAACAAACGUAGAAGACCCGAAUGGCGAUCACCUCAGCAUUCAGCAUUUUUCUUUUGAUAUACCUGAAGACACAUGUAGUGAUGAUCCAGAGAGCUCAUUUUACCCAAAAACAAACCUAAGCAUGACUUUAGGUGUAACAGAUAGCACAGAAAGUGUAUCUAAGACUUCUUACAUUGCAAAAGCAUCCAUCCAGGAUGGCAGCGCAGACAUGAAUGAGAAGAAAGGGGAAGAAGAUGAGGUGAACUCACAGUGGGGUACCAUGAUGCAAGAACUGGAGAUGGACGCUUCUCUUUUUCCUGAUCUGGGAGAACUACUAGAAUUUUUUCCAGAGCUCUUAAAUGACGUCGAUGAUUGCCUCUCGACGAUAGACACAGAUGUUCUCAACUCAUGGUUGAGUUGCGGUGAUGUACCAGACAACUCCAGUGACGCUGACAUGCCAACAGAGCCGCCGUCAGAGCCACCCAGGCCUGACAGACCCCCACAGCAGGGACAGGAGGCCAAACAAACGGCCAAAACCAGUAACAAGAGGAAAAGACUAACAGUUCCCAGGCCACAGAAGUGUGAUGAAAACACACCAUCCAGGCCAAAAAGGCGAAGAGCAGCAGGACGACCGAAAACCAAAGAGGCAGACACAGAGUCCACUGUCACCAAAGGCACUGACACAGGAUCAGAGCCAACUUCUGCAGAGAUAACUGCCACCCCCACUACUCCCCCGAGAAUCGUCCGCCUCCACCCCUCCUUUCAGUUCAUCACCAUCCCAGAGGCUCCUGGAUAUCACGUAGUUCAGACGCUGAGUCUCUCACCUCCAGUUUUAGGGCUGCCUCUUCCCAACACAGCCACUUCACCAACAUACAUACUCGUUCCAGCUACAUCACCACCCUUCAAACAACAAGUGCCACCCCUCUCUCCAGUGAAUGGUGCAGUAGCACCAGUCCAGAUGAGCUCAUCCCCACCAGGAUCUCUGUCAGACACUGCAAGCAAAGCCAUGUCUCCCCCUGUUGCUUCACCCCUCUCUCCAAGCAGUGCGAUGUCUACGAGCAAGGAAUCCACUCAACCACAGUCCCCCACUGUCGUCCUUGAUAUUCCAGAGAGUGUUAAGGAUUACAUCCAGGAAGCUAAAGCCCAUGUGAGCCAAACCUGCCAGGAUAUGGAGGAAGGCCUUAGCCUGACCUCUCAUUAUGUGGAUGUGCACGUGAGCCAGAGAGAUGUCCACUCUGGAAAAACUACAAACAAAUCCCUUGACAAGGAGACAGUCAUUAUGGGAAAUACAGAUCGGGAAAGGAGCUUGGUAGAGCGCGGUCAGAUCUUUGAAGGCUUAAAUGGAUACAACCCCAAACGCUACCUACUGCUACUUGGCAAAACUGGCAUGGGAAAAACCACCCUGAUCAGAAAGCUGUGUCUUGAUUGGUCUAGAAACUGCUUCCCCCAGUUUGACUUUGUCUUCUUGUUAGAUGGUAAAACUCUCACUCUAAAGGAACCCAAUUAUAGCCUUCAAACUCUCCUGCUGAACUACUCCUCCUUUGCCCCUUCCUGCAUGGACCCUGAAGCGGUGUAUACCCAAAUCCUUGCCACCCCCAAGCGUGUCCUCAUCAUAUUUGAUGGGUUUGAUGAAGUACGGGACUAUGAAAUGCUUCUCCAGACUCAGGAAAAAGACUUGGUGGCAUCCUUGCAGAAAGACAGUAAGUCACAGGUCUACACAGUAAGACAGUUGUACUCUGCCAUCCUCCAGAGAGUCCUCCUUCCAGGCUGUACACUUCUGCUGUCUACCCGACCAAGAGGCACCGCCAACCAGUUACUCCGACGUGCUGACAGCCUGAUGGAAAUGUGUGGCUUCACUCCCAUAGAGGUAGACAGAUACAUGUCCCAGUACUUCACUGAUCCUACCCUCAGAGAAUCUGCUUUGGACUACUUAAAAAAUAGCAGCUAUCUAAAUCUCCUCUGCUGGAAUCCGGGACUAUGCCGGUUGGUCUGCUUUGUUGUGGAAGAGGCAAAAAGCUUGGAGGAACUGCCUAGGACUUUAACCGGACUGUGCCAUCAAGUCCUUCGUCUGAAGUUAGAAAAGGACCGUAGGAGCUCUUCCCUACUGGGUGAAGAUCAGACAUCUAGUCCAUCUGUUGAAGAAACCGAGGCAAGUUGCCAACAAAGAAGUUCUCGGAAAAAGUCCAGUUCCCAAGUCCGCUCUCGAACCCAGCGAGCAAGCAGAGCAAAACAACAGCAGAGGAAGGAUGAAGUAGAUGAACAGGAGAUGAGUAGUAUCUCCAGAACAGAAGAGAGAGAGCUGUUCUCCCAGCUUAGUUCUUUGGCCUGGGAGGGGGUCAAAUCAUUUUCCUCCAUCCUCCCUAAAAGUUGUACCAUAUCUGCCAAACUGAGGGCAUUCGGCCACAGAACAGGGCUUUUCCUUUCUUGCCAUCUGAGGAAGAAGCAAGUUGUCUCAAGUGAGGACAGAGAGGAAAAAGAAAUGCCAAGAGAAGAAACUGGAAAAGGGCGAAAAACUGGAGACAGAGAAAGGAAAGACAUAGAAACUUCUAAUGGACUUGAUGAUCCUAUCACCUCGUGGGCAAACCCAUUCCUUCAGAGUUUCCUGGCAGGGGUCCAUUUGUCUCUUUCAAGGUCUGUAACGGACCGUACUUUCCUCCAGAACCUCCCUUUCCAACCUGGCUCCAAGGUGCGUCGACGACCUCUAAAAGAGGAGCUUGAGCUCACUCAACGAUUUGCUUUCGGGCUUUUGUUCGACAACCGGACAGAACUGAAGAGACUUCACUCAUACUCUGAGACAGUCUUUAGAGAUAUCAUUGAAAACAAGCAGGCUUUAUUAAGACAGCACAUUGACAGUAUUUCCUGUGGUGAACUGAGCCCUGACCAGGUCCUAGAGGCUUGUCAUCAUAUUUAUGAAGCAAUUUUUACCCGUAGUGAUGGUAGCAUGGACAGUAGCAGCAUGCCGUUGGUUGCUCACCUGACAGUCAAUCUUCCAGACGUCAUCACAUUUCGUGGGGUUCCAUUAAACCCAUCGGAUGUCUACAGUGUUCAGAACGUUCUGGAGAGGGGUUUUGAAGGAAGAAGUUUCAGUUUAAACCUGGAGGAUUCUGGGAUACAGAUCUCUGGGCUGAGAGCUCUGGUUGGGCUCAACAACAUCAACUCAUACAGAGCAUGCAUUGCUGAUGUCAUCACAUUAUGGGAACAGCUAGAGCAGAGUGGCGAGGAAACACUCCUACAAGGAGCGGUUUCCAAAUUCAGCAUCCACCCUUUGAAAGUCACACAGGUGCGCCACAUAGAGCACCUGGAUAAGCUGGUGAACAUCCAUAUGAACAAGAGACUAUCAGACAGUUCCAGCUUAUCAGAGUCCAUCUUCUCAGAGGGAGUCCCAGCUGUCAAAGAGCUACACAAGCUAGAGUUUGGCCCACAAAAUGGUCCCCUGGCUCUUCCUAAGCUGUGGGAGCUCCUGCCUUCUCUGCAGAACCUACAGCACUUGGAUCUAGAAAACAGCAAAAUCGGGGACGAAGGAGCAGAGAAAUUGGCCCAUGCUGUUGUCUCACUCUCUUGCCUGGAGAUUCUCAUGCUGUCACAGAACUGUAUUGGAGACCAGGGGGUGAAGAAACUCAUUACAACCCUGAGGGAUCUGCCCAAACUGCACUGUUUAAGUCUCUACAGUAAUGUGAUUUCUGACGAAGGGGCGGAGAGUUUAGCAGCUGUCCUGCCACACAUGACGUCCCUCACAGAACUGGAUGUGAAGUACAACAAGCUCACAGAUGUUGGAGCGCAGAGCCUGGGUGCAAGUCUGAGGAAAUGUAAACAAAUGAAGACUUUGAGGAUGUGGAACCAGUGUAUUCCAUACGGCGUUUUCGAGCGACUCCAGCAGCAGGACAACAGGAUCGAUUAGAGCUGUAUGAACUUUUCUCUUAUUCUGUGCAACCCAAUUGCAUGAUAACGCCACACAAUCAGUGCUCGUUAUAGCCGAAACACUUAAGAAGAACAAAAGCAGAAUAAGAGAGAGAAAAAAUGAUUGCACUAAAAGAAAACAAACCUUUGCUGCUACUUUUGUAAAUUCAUGUUGUCAGAUUAUUUUGAAUAUUUGCACUUGUGCUGGGAGUAAAUACUGAUUACGACUCUUUAGCACCUUAUGGUACGUUUCCACCAAGCAGUCUGGUUUGGUUCAGCAAAGACUGGUAGGACUUUGCACUGUAAAUCCUGAUCUUGCUUGCGUUUCCACUGUCACUGUUCAACAAGCCUCGCUCAUAGGAGAGCUAGCUCUUUUUAGAGAUUCAGAACAUCAGAAUCUGAUCCAGCUUUACUGGGCAAGUAUGUUUGCACUAACAAGGUAUUUGAUUCCCUCUUCUGACUGGGUGUAGCAUAGAUAAUAAAUCCCAGGCCUCCAUAUUAACAGUCAAACUUUUGUUAAAAUCCUGCUUCUACAAUUCUAAUUAGUUAUUAUCAGGCUGAUUAAGACCUUAUGGGGUUCUCAACUGGAUUAUCAGAGUAGAGGAGGAAAGAAGAGAGAAAACUUAAAAAUUAAUGAUACAAUUAUUGAACUUUAUAUAAACAUGAAUGUGUGCUCCAAAAUUGAUAUACAAGUAGCAUAUCAAGGAUUCAAAAUGAGAGUGUAAAGCUGUUAGGGUUGUUCAUUUUAGGGACCCACUGCUGGAUCAGAGCAUACUUGACCCCCAAAGUCUGGAUCCAUUUGGGAACACAAACAUAUUCAGCAACCAUGCCCAAGAGGUGGGCUUGAUUAAUAUGGGCAUGGUACAUAGAUGUGAAGGCAAGCAGGCUCAAGUACAGAGCAGUGGGUCUCAACUGGUCCAGCCUCAGGACCCAUCCCCACUUUAUGAUGACAAGCGGUGACUGUGCCUGAGGAAACACUGCACUCGGGCAUGGUGCGAGACAAUCGUGAGGGGCUUUCACACCAGGGAUCCAAGGGCACUUGAGCCCUAAGUCUGGUUCAUUUUGGUUAGUGUGAAUACAAAUGCAGGCCCAAUUGGGGAGGUUGUCUCGGGUGUGACCAAGUGGUAACCUGGCACGCCAGAUGAAUGUGUGAAACACAUUCAUCUGGUAAAUCACUCAUAGACAGCAUUUGGGAAAGGGCACCUUGGAAAAAAAAACUUGGAGGUCGCUUGGAUGGACGCUCUGUCUGACACAUCUUUACUGGCCAAUCAGAGUAACAAAACACAUGGCGUAGCUCCUACCGAGCUGCGCCCCUACCGAGGAGUAAACUCCAUAGACAACUGCAUAACGUGAACCAUAGCGUCAUGUCAGGACACGACUUUGUCAUUUUAUUUUUUUAAAUAUUUAUUUUUGAGCCUUUAUUUGAUAGAGGAAGGACAGUGGAUAGACUCGGAAACAGGGAAGAGAGCAGGGAGCGACAUGUGGUAAAGGGC